UGUGCGGCGCACUGGAGAGCCCCAUUGUGUGUUCUCGCGCGACGCUACUCACUAGCGCGCGUACGCGUGUGCAUCGCGUUCAUUCGCGUCGUCGGCAGAAGGUAAAACGCCAGUACAUUAUCGCCUUCGAACGAGGCUUCCUUUAUUAAAUUGAAAUCAUGACGCGACGAGAGAAUGGCACGAGAAUUUGCGAUUAGCACGAAGACCGGAGUAAAUUUCAAAUAGGGUCGCCGUGAAGAAAAUUUCCAGAUAACGAUAAUGGCGAACGCGGCGUUUUGAGGGCGCGUUUGAUUCUCAAUGAGGUCACGUUCUGCGAUGAGCGACAAAAGGCGGGGGCCGCAAACAACGGGAGAUGGAACGUACGUGUGCCUCGAAUGCAUUCUGCGGGAAAGAAAGAUCGGAAAGCGUCCCCGGCGCUCUCAGCCCUCUGUCCGCUCGCUGCCAAUUAACAAUGCACACUUCAGUCGCAAAGGCAUUCUCCGACAAGCCGCCCAACGCCCGUGAAAACCGGGCUCUCUCCGUGUCUCUACGUAUUCGCAAAUUGGUUCGCGCAACUGGACGAGAAAUUCGUGCCCGCGGUAGAUCGAAGUGAGAGCUAAAAUGUUAACCAGAUGGAAAUCCAGGACGAUUGGUUCAACGUAUCGGCGUGCUUAAAAUAGGCGAGCCAGCGCUCCGGCGAGUCGCGAGGGAGAAGAUGCUCGUCGGUUAGACGGAGCUGAAGAGAUGCACCUGAAGCACCCUACUUUCGACUCUCCGAGAUACACAUCGACGCUGCUCUCGUGACAAACCGUGAGGAAAAAGUACAAACAUGCCGGUGGGUGGACGAGUCGCGGGUAAAGUCGGCAUCUACAGCUCCCACUACAAUGGAAAGGGAUACAGCGGCAUAAACGAGGAGAUCAUCUGGAUCAGCGUAGGCAUGGGCAUCACCAUAGCGAUCCUGAUCAUCAUAGCGCUGUGCUACAUCGCCCGUGAGAAGUGUCGCAAGCGGCACGAGGGCUACUACACGUCCUGACGCAUGUUUCCGCCGCCCUCGUGGGCGUCCUGGUCGUUUAGCCCGACGACACCAGGGAUCCUCUUCAGCCCGACCAUGUCGAGGGGCAAGCCGCGGGCUUACUAUAUCACCGUCUAAAACCCACCGCGUUUUUUCCCCCCGACGGAAAAGCCCCUGGAAGUCGUGCGAGAGCUGCGCGGAGCUGCGAAAUGGAACACGGAUGCGAAGUGCGCGCAUUUUCCCACAUUAGCAACGGUUCGCUGUGUGCAGAAACAGAUUUUCAUGGAGAAAAUUGAGAGAAUUUGCAUAUUCUGACGAAAGAAUCUCCCAUUAGCCGCUCUCUUCUCUUCGCUAAACCACCGUGAAACCGAAAUGAAAGUAAUUUUUUGAAAUUAAAACUCGAUAAUAACAGACGUUAAGAACAAUCGACCGGAAUUAAAAUCGCGCAAUUAUUAUUACAAAUCCGAAAACGGUGAAAUUUACGUUUCAUUUACGGGAGAGAAUCAAUUUCGAAUUCCUGCGGGCGUAAAGCUUUUAUCGCCAGGCACAUAUUCUCCUUGGGACACAUUUGGUAUGUCGUUCGCGCAAUGCAUUCCCGGCUAAUGGUUCCAAUUUCGCGCGUUAUGAGACUACUGCCGGGGCUUUUCCCGAAUAAGAGGGUAAUCUUCGCGCCAUUUUACGCACACCGACGAGAGACGGGAAUUUUCAAGAGGGGGCGGAAGAAUAGGAUCGCCUUUUUAAGGCUUAAUGAAGAUUCCCGCCCAAAGAGAGAUAUUUAACGCAAACUUGUGUAGUGGGCAAUAGUGCGGCUCUAUUCGCUGUGAGUAGCGGUACAUUCAACAAAUUGUCAUUCCUUCUAAACGCAACCCGAGCUUUGUAUCUAGAUAGUCGCGCGGUGCGUGUGUGUGUCUGUGUGUGUGCGCGCGUGUACGAGCGUGUAGUCAACCGACCAUUAUUCUCAUUCGCGAAACGUGUCCUCGAAACAACUUUUCGGACGUUUCUGAAAGACACAACAGGCUCUGCUGGUACUUCGGUUAAAGUAAACUGCACGAAUAAAGUAAGUACAAUUAUUCACUGAGCACUGCGUUGGUAUAAAUAGAUAAAUGAAAAUUAAUUGGAAGAUGUUCGUCUCCGCGCACGUUUAACUCGUGAAAUUCAAAUAUGAAGUAGAUAAAAUUAACAUAUCUUUAUUCUACUGAGAACUCUUUUUUUUCCUUUAAAUUCCCGAGAAUUAAAAUUCAGAGAAAGAGUUGGAAAAAGACUCUGCACGCGAGAUCAACGUACAAUUGCCGGAACGGAGUCCGCGUAACGACACUUCAAACUUGAAAGACUUGAAGAAGAAAAAAAGAUUACGGCACGUGUAUUCGCGAUGCCUUUGUUGAACAAUCGUAUCAUUCCGGUACUUUCGUCACAAACGACGCCGCGCGGAAUCGUUUUCGUUAUUCACGCUUUUUUCGCUCGGGACAAAUGAAAGUGUGUCUCAUCAGAGCGCCGCCGAGUGGAAAAUUCUCAUUUCGAAUGAAAAGCCGGUGAUUUACGACUAUUACGAGCGCCCACGGGUCAUGCGAUUUGAUCUUUUAUCCCGCCGCAAAUUACGACGUCGGGGCUUCAAGUUUUAUCCGGAAGGACGACAAUUAUUGCGGAAAUCAUUCUUUUCCCUCGCGAGCUCCGAACGCAUUCGCUUCGCAAAGAGCAAAGAGCGAUCCGCUGAACGUUACAACAGAUCGGAUAAUUCCGUCGCGCGUCAAUCAUUCGCCGUAAUUAACUUCGUUAUCUUGCGAAGCUUCCGUCUGCAUCACAACGUUGCCGCGGAGAUGCGAUGGAGCUUCAAUUUCGCCUUCCUUUCCGGCGAUUGCGGGAAAUCGCUUAACUUCUUCCAAAGAUCAUUCUCUUAUGUGUCUUUCUCGCUGCGAUCGAUACUUCGGCGACACUUUCCAUUAUUGGCUGCUCCUCGCAGCUGACGUUAGUUACACAAUCUCUCUCUCUUUCUCUCUCUCUCCGUUGACAUCUUCCAUUUCUGUCAAACAUGCAUCUUCUUUAAAGACGUGCUCCAGCUCGCUCGUUAAAAGCAAACUCUGAAACGCAACCUAAUCGCAUUAUUUCCGCAUCUUCUCUUCUCAUAAUUUUCAAUUUUCACGUGUAAUCGUAAGAAAAAUGAACGAAAGCUAAACGGACAUUUUACUCGCCUAUUAAACAAGAAAAUUGCACAACGCGAGGAGAUUGCGACUUGUAAACGCAAUCUUUUAAUACAAUGCAGCUUUAAAUUGUAUACAUUAUUGAUUUUCUAAGAAACUGCAAUACUCGACUGUUUCUGACGCUCGCAAAAAGCAUUAACUUUUCACUUUAUACACUUCGUAUAAUUUAUAUAUUUGCCAAUUUAUGCAACGCGCGCAUUACGAAAAAGUUCUCGGAAAAAUUUAAACGUAAAGAAAAACAGAAUGUUUUCUUCACAAAGAUACUUCGUAGAGAACACUUAAAGGACAAAACACGUCGGAAGUAAAUUACACACUUGAAGUUGCCUUCAAUCUUCUACACGUCUAAAAACUCAAAGCAGCUUCGAGCAUGCAAUUUAUUUCAGGCGUGUUUUCUUCCUCCGUUCUUCUUGCGAGCGUCGAAUACGUCCAAAAUGAUCUUCUCCAUCGUGCAUCCUUCUUAGCUACGUUAUCGACUUCACAUGUGCGUUCAAUUAACGAAGUUCACCUGUGCGUAAUCGAUGGAGUAACUUAGUUCUAACGUAAGCUCGAGGCUGCGAUCAAAUUUCAUUAUGACGUAAGAAUUCUGACCAAACCCUAGAGUACAUUUUCUGAACUGAGAUCCUGAACCUCAACCUGAAGAUAAUAUCGACUUUUAGAGGAGCUUUAGAGCUAUUAUAUAGAAAUAACGGGUAUUUGUUGUUAGAGGAGUUUCUUUCCGAAGUGUGUUCUCUGCGAAAUAUUUCCACCGGGGAAAAAGAGCCUCAUUUCUUUACGUUUAACAUUCUCCAAGUAGUUGUCCGCAUCGCAUAAUUAUUGAAAACUUACGAUAAUUAUUAAUAAUUUAUCUUGUUUCUGGAUAAAAAGGAAUUAAUAACGCGGUAAGAGCUGGUAUAAAAAUACAGACAAUUGGUAGUAAAUUAUUUUCACAAAAUUAAAUAUAUAUCUAACGACUUGUGCAAAACUCGCCUUCAAAAUAUUUAUCAGAUGUGUUCUAUAUAUAAAUAUAUCACAGUUAAAAAAAAGUAUUCCGCGGCUAACAGCUUCGGAAAACUCUAUGUGUUAGAGAGUUAUAUAUACAUAUAUAUAUAUAUACAUAUGUCGUUGUGACGUCAACUAAAAAAAUGUUAUGUAGAUAACGCGUGAGAUUAAUGAGUGCGAAGCGGCCGGUUGCCAAUCGACGAGAUGAUAAAGAUAGAAAGAAAAAGCUCCUCAACAUUAUCUCUACGCGUUAUUUGUAAAAAUACACGACGGUCAACGCACGAUUUAUCCGAUAUAAAAAAAAAAAAUGUUAUUAAUAACUGUGUGUUCUCAUUGAUAGUAGUUGAUGUAAAAAUACCGACACUUGUUGUACCGCAGCAGCGUUGUCUGGAUUAUUUUUACAAAACUACGUCCAAUUUAAUCUGAAACGGAUUUAAAAAAAUCCAUCAAUAACCCAUUGCUUAUUCAACGGCGCGACUAUUUUGAUAAUUGCAUAUUUACUUGCAGGCGUUGUAGCUGACGAACAACAAUGCAUUUUACAAUUCGUCGUUGAUCAAUCUAGAUGACAAAAGGGCACGAGUUGCCGUCGUGCAAUUAUUCGCUUGACGCAAACUGUCUUCGGAGGCGCUUGACGACCGGCGACCUCGUACUUAAGUAAAGCUAAAUGUUCCUCGCGCGUGCGAUCCACCGUCGUGGACUUUAGACGUUUGUAUUUUAUAAUUGUCGAGAGAGAGCUCGUUUCCACGCCGACGGCGGAAUCUCUUCGAGUCACGCGCGGCGUAUUUUACAGACUUUAAUAUAACGUUUUGAACGUGCGGCACCGAUCCCUGCGCAAAUCCGCACGAUCGCACACCUCCUAGUCUGCACUUCUACUGAAAGUAGAAAGAGUGCCGUUCGUUGUAUUACGUCUAUCGCAAACGACCAACUUGAUAGAUCGCUGUGUGUAUGACUUCUUCUUCUUCUUUUUUGUCCAUUUGUAAUGAAUAAACUAUUGUAACACUA